AUUUGGUCGACGGUUGAACGUUGUUCCGAGGACUGUAUCUGGGGAGCCGCGAGAGUGUUGGAACCACUCUGCAGAAGUUGGUGAUCAGCCCAGCCUACUCCUUUUUGAUAUUUUUUUCUCCUGGCCAUCGAAGGAUUUUGGUUUCUGAUCAUUUUGAAAGAUUCCAGGCGGGGCAGGUGGUGCGUAGGCAACGAUCGUCGCGGCGACCGUCGCGUUUGGGUCGUUGACCUGGAGGAUUAGUCGUUGGCUUCAGGAAAACAAACGAUGAUAAUAAUUCUAGAGAUUUCGGGUCAAGCUCAUGCCAAAUAUGGAUACAUCCAAUGAAAAGGAUUUGAGACCGGUGUGUGUGGCUUCGACUACUGAGCAAACAAAAGAAUCGCUUGACCCUGCCGGUGACGAUUACUUCAAGUCUGUUCAAUGGAGUCCUGAUGGAACUACCCUCUUAGCGAACUCUGCCGACCAUCAUAUCCGGUCUUAUAUUCUGCCACCGGAUCUCUUAGAGAAGACCUCUACUCACCACCUAUCACCAUAUUCGACACUUCCUUCAGCAGAACCCGCCUAUGCCACAGCUUUCUAUCCAUUCUACAGCCUCCAAGAUCCUUCCACUACUCUGUUCCUGUCAUCUGUCCGUGAUCAUCCGAUCCGGCUCGCUUCAACACUUGCCCCAGUAUCCGUGGCGAGCUACUCCCUAGUCAAUCCAGCGACAGAGGCCUUCAUCACUCCGCACUCAAUGAUCUACCCAUCCACACUUGGAGGAACCCACUUCCUGACAGGCUCUGACAGCAUGAUUUGCCUUUUUGACGUGUCUCGCCCAGGAACUAGCGGUCCCGUCUCAUGGAUGCCAACCAUUCCCAGCAAACGCAAACAGAUCGUUGGUGGAGGGGUCGGCAUGAAAGGAAUUGUGUCAGCCUUGGCUAUCAACCCAAGCGGCGAUGGCAUCCUAGCCGCAGGAACCUUUACCAGACAUGUGGGACUGUAUAGUUCCAAUGGCUCUGGGGAACUUCUUGGCACUUUCAACAUUGCAAAGACUGAUGCAAACCGUGUCAUUGGAGGUAAAGGUGUUACCCAACUGUCUUGGAGCCCCUGUGGUCGGUACCUGUAUAUUGCGGAGCGCAAGAGUGAUGGAGUUUUGGUGUAUGACGUUCGAGUCACUGGUCAGAUGCUGGGUUAUCUUCGUGGACGCAAGGCCAUGACGAACCAGCGAAUGGACAUUGACAUUGUUUCUGCUGGGGCUGAUGGGGCCCAUGAAGUCUGGGCAGGAGGCACCGACGGGAUAAUGAGGUGUUGGAAGAAUCCAAUUUAUUCCGCCGGUGGACAAAAUCCGGAUUGGGAGUUUAAGGUACACGAUGAUGCUGUUGCAAGUACGGUGUUCCAUCCAAUGGGCGAUGUGGUUGCAACGUGCUCUGGCCAGAGACACCGCGCCGCAGACGAGUUGUCAGAGGAAGGCCAGUCAGAGUUGGGUAUCAAACAGACCGAUAACAGCUUGAAGGUAUGGUCACUGCCGUUCCUGGGAUCCAGUGACCAGGUUGAGGAUGCAAACGAAGGAUCGAAGCAGGAAGAUUGAGGAAAUCUAGCGUCCAACUGCUGCAACAAACCAUAACAGAGAUUGGUUAUCUGCACUACCAUGCUGUAAAUCAGAUAGCAUGGCAGACCGACUUUCCUAGCCUUGCGAGAGAUCCCGCUUCGCCUCCGAAUCCGAAGCGAUCCAUUGUAUGCAGGCACUGAGCAGGCCAGCAAUCAACUUUACAAUACAGCCUUACUCGUCAGGGAAUCGGAAAACAAAGGCCUGAGGAAUGUCAGCAAGAUACUUUCACGCCGUUGAACGGUAAUUCCAUCACUUCUGGUACGGAACAAGCGUUGUCGGGGUGGAGUAGAGCACGGCUGGAUGGCGCCUCAAUCAUCGGGGCUAUUGGAACGAGUCUCGCUCAUUAUUGCUUGAGCUGUUCCAACCUUAAUUGAAGCACUUAUCUGGGACGGGAUUGAUGACUUUCUGGCUUCAAUCAUCAACCCUUUGAGCUGAAUUGAGAAAAGAGAACAGGAC